AUGGCCAACACAGAAACAGUGUUGGAGCCGACCACCCUCCGCGAAACCCUUCGUGUCUACAAUGUCCAUGAAAGUGGACAGCAAGAGGCUGAAGCAGAAGCUAGAGCUAAGAACGAGUCGUCCGAUCAGCAUCCAAUGCAAGAGUCAAGACAGCAAGAUACAAGGCCCGCAGAUCGCGAAUGGCCUUCGGAUUGGCGGAGGAUGCCACCUUAUCGAGAAACAAGUCGCGUGCAUCGAGUCUCUGAUCGCGCUGCGGGACAAGACGCCGUCGAGGGUGUUGUGGUAAUGACCAUGUUCAGCGGAGUGUGGCUAUUGGGGAAUAUCAAUCGGCUGUGGCGUGCAACGGCCGGGAGAUGGAAUGACCAAAUUAUGAGAUAUCAAAUUGGAGGAGAGUGGUAA